GACAUCAAAAUGGGUACGGCGAACGCACAAACCAAUUCAGGAUAUGACGAUGCUCACUCGAGGGGAAGUUCGAUCGACGCGUUCUUCACUGAGACAGUGAUUCUUUUAACCGGCGCUACUGGCUUCUUAGGAAAAGCUCUUCUGGAAAAGCUGCUACGUUCGUGUCCCCGUGUGGCCACAAUUUUUGUUUUAAUCCGUCCAAAAAGGGGCCUAUCCGUCGAGCAACGUUUCAAGGAACUACUGAGCAAUCCCGUUUUCGACAGAAUACGAUCAGAAUUUCCGGGCACAUUGAACAAGAUCCUUCCCGUAAAAGGUGACGUGGGUCUGUCAGAGCUAGGGCUGCAACCCGAAGACAGAGAUAUGCUGAUACAGAGAGUUAACAUCGUGUUUCAUAGUGCGGCCACCGUGCGUUUUGAUGAGCCGCUAAAAAUCGCCGUCGAUCUGAAUAUGAUGGGCACCGAUCGUAUGCUGGACUUGUGCAAGCGCAUGACAAAUCUUAUUAGUGUCAUUCACGUCAGCACGGCCUACAGUAAUGCCGAUCGACGGGAAAUUGAAGAAUCGAUAUACAUCACGGAGGUGAAGCCAUACACGGUGAUCGAUAUAUGCGAAAAUUUGAACGACGAGACAUUAGAAAUAAUAGAGAAGAAAUUGAUUGGCAAACAUCCGAAUACGUAUACGUUAACGAAAGGCUUGGCGGAGCAGAUUGUGAUGUCUAAAGGAAGUGGUUUACCAAUCGCUAUUGUACGACCAAGUAUAGUCUGCGCCGCGUACCAAGAACCAUUUCCAGGAUGGAUAGAUAAUACUUGCGGUAUUACAGGUAUAAUGACAGAAAUUGGUAGAGGCACUGUUAGAAGUAUUGUAUGUAACGCAAAUUUAGUGGUAGACGUUGUACCUGUCGAUUUUGUUGUGAAUACAUUGAUUUGCGCAUCUUGGCAUAAUUUUGUACAACAUACUGACACAAUAAGGGUUUACAAUUGUACCAGCAGUACACUACAUCCGAUUACAUGGGGCGAAUUUGGAUAUCUCACGAGGAAACAUGCUUUACAAUCACCAUCAAAGUACGUGAUGUGGUAUCCGGAUUUCACAUUUAGGACAAACAAAUUUAUUCACGCUAUCAUAGUGGCCACGUUGCACUUUUUACCUGCAUUCAUCAUAGACCUUAUAUUAAGGGUCCAAGGUUGUAAACCUAUAAUGAUGAAAAUCACUAAACGAUUUGAACGUGCCGCUAAAACCGGAGAAUUCUUUGCGAUGAACGAGUGGAAAUUUCAUACAGAUAACAUGAUGAAACUGGUAAAAUUUGUAAAAGCAUCGGAAGAAUGUAGCAACUUUAAUGUGGAUAUUAGAAAUGUCGAUUGGGAUGUAUUCUUACAUCAAUAUAUGUUAGGAAUUCGAAAGUAUAUUUUGAAAGACAACCUAGACACGUUAAAUAACGCCCGAAGUCGAUUAUUAAGGUUGUAUUGGAUGCAUAAAUUUACCAAAAUAUUCAGUAUAUUCGUGUUAUUAGGAAUGAUCAGAUGCGCCGGUCGGUGA